AAGUUUAGUACCAACUUGGGGCGUAAAAAAAAUCCCGAACUGGGACUGCUGUGAUUUCGCAUUCGCGGCUACGGAGUCUUUAAGUUUUGGAAACGGAUACUUAAGCAUCGUUUUUGAUAACUCAGUUAAUAUUGAGUUAUUGUAAUUUUUGCGUUUUAGUGAAGUUACAAGAGUAUGUAGUUAUGCGCGUAACUACAUUUAUGAGUUGGCUGCGUCCUUUCGUAAUAGCCGAAUAAAGUAGCCUGUACUUCGCAGGAUUUAUUUAACUAGGUUAACACGGACGGUAAAAGGGUAGACCUGUCGAAUGAGCAGUUAAACUAUUGAAUUGCCUUUUUAAAAAGGUUUCUUUUGACAAUCGGCUGCUGUGCUAUCCAACAUCGUGGAUUGAUAUUUUUCGUUUAAGGACAAAGUAUAUUAAUAUAUAUAUUUUUAUACAGGUUAGCCUAGCAACAUUUUCCGUUACAAAACUUUUUUACACUCUUUGGAACUAUGGAUCCGAGCCAGCACAAUCCCCCUGUCGGCCACCAAAUCGUCCAUGUUCGGGGUGAUUCCGAGACUGAUUUGGAGGCUCUUUUCAACGCCGUAAUGAACCCGAAAAAUGCGAUUGUACCCCCCUCUGUUCCCAUGAGGAUGAGGAAACUGCCGGACUCCUUCUUCAAGCCUCCAGAGCCCAAGUCUCACUCCAGACAAGCGAGUACUGAUGCCGGGACAGCGGGUACUCUAACCCCACAGCACGUCCGGGCACACUCCUCCCCAGCCUCCCUCCAGCUGGGCACAGUGACUCCUGGCACUAUGGGCAUGCCCCCAGCAGGGGCGUCCCCACAACAUCUCCGCCAGUCCUCAUAUGAGAUCCCAGACGACAUGCCCCUGCCCCCUGGCUGGGAGAUGGCAAAGACCGCUUCGGGACAGAGAUACUUUCUGAACCAUUUGGAUCAGACCACCACCUGGCAAGAUCCCCGUAAGGCCCUUUUGCAGAUGAAUCAGGCCCCUGCCAGCCCCAUGCCUUUACCCCCACCACAACAGCAGCAGCAACCGCAGAACGUCAUGCCACCAGCCACCGGUCCUCUUCCUGAGGGCUGGGAACAGGCAAUCACUCCAGAGGGGGAAAUCUACUACAUCAACCACAAGAAUAAGACCACCUCGUGGCUGGACCCCAGGCUGGACUCGCGAUAUGCCAUGAACCAGCAGCGCCUGUCCCAGAGCACCCCGGUCAAGCAGGGCGGUCAGCUGCCCUCCAGCCCCCAGAGCGGCACGCUGGGAGGCAACAGCCAGAUGCGUCUACAGCAGCUCCAGAUGGAGAAAGAGCGACUGCGGCUCAAGCACCAGGAGCUGCUGAGGCAGAGACCCCAGGAACUGGCUCUGAGAAACCAGCUUCCCACCAGCAUGGAGCAGGACGGACCAGGCACCCAGAACCCUAUCUCCUCCCCGGGCAUGGCUCAGGAAGCCAGGACCAUGACCACCAACAGCUCUGACCCAUUCCUCAACAGUGGGACCUACCACUCCCGUGAUGAAAGCACAGACAGCGGCCUGAGUAUGAGUAGUUACAGUGUCCCCCGCACUCCAGAUGACUUCCUCAACAGUGUGGAUGAGAUGGAGACAAGUGAUUCCCUGGGACCUGCCUCCAUGGUGACACAGCCCAACCGUUUCCCUGACUACCUGGAUGCUAUGCCCGGGACAGAUGUGGAUCUGGGCACCCUGGAGGGAGAGAGCAUGGCCGUGGAGGGCGAGGAGCUCAUGCCCAGCCUGCAGGAAGCGCUCAGCUCCGACAUCCUCAACGACAUGGAGUCUGUGCUGGCCGCCACCAAGAUCGACAAAGAAAGCUUCCUCACAUGGUUAUAGAAUCAGCAUGGGGUCACAACACCGCCGACACUCUCUCUAUCUCUCAAUGCUCAGAACUGCUGCCGAGUCAAUUUUGUGAAGGAUGCCGAAACCGCUUUCACAAUAGAACAAAAAAAGAGAGAGACUUCACUCUAUGGAUAUGUUUGUUAUUUUGUCAUUCAUCACUCAUGGCCAAACUUGAGAUAUUGAGUUUAAUGUUAUGGUCUAUCUUGUUUUCUUCUUUUCUAUAUUAUUUAGUUUUGUCUGUAUCCUCAAGGCUGGCCCAUGAACAGACAAUGAAAGGAGAAAUGUCCAAAUGCGUGCUUCAGUCGCAGAGGGGUUGGGCAUUACCUGUCUCCAGGCGAUAGCAGAAACAUAUGUCACGCAAAACACUACAAACACUUCUGAAAAUACAACCUACAACUCUCUCUCUCAAGCACACACACACACACACACACACACACACACACACACACACACAGAGAGAGGUAAAAAAAUACAUACAAACACAUGAAGAUGGGAUAGCUAUACUUCAUAUCCUGUACUAUCCUGUACUGUCUGCCAUCUCAUUUGUUUUGCAUUGUUAUUUCUUGAGAAACCAAAAGAUCUUUGUCAAUGAGAGACAGAACCUCCGUAAGGCAGAUGAGGUGGAGUAAGGUUGUGGUCAUGUCCGGCCCAAUCGUUUGAAUUAGUAACACAAGACAAUGGAGGAUGCAGCCGGUUCCCCUGUUUGGCAGUGCCAGCAAGGAGUUUGAUCCAAGUCUUUUUUGUAUUUCUGUGGAGAAUUCAGUUCCAGAUUGCUGCAUUACUGUGUAAAGCAUUAUAUUGUUUUAUUGGUCGUAUUGAACAUUUGCCAUUCAACACUACUCUUCUACUACUAAUCAUUAUUUUCAAUAAUCAAAUAUACUUCCUUAAAGUUUUAUUAAAAUGUAUUUUGGGAAUUAGGGAUGUUAUAUUUUCAAAUGAAGCUUAGCCUCUAUAUAUCAGUCUUAUUUAAACCUAAUUUGCUAGGUUACCUUUUUAGUACUGCUUUUAUCAGUUAAUGGCAUUGCGUAUAGAUCGAUGAGCUUUUCUGCUUGAAACACUAAAACACUAAAUAUAUAUAUAUAGAUUUUUUAAUAAACAGGGUCAUAACUCCUAUACAGUUAAGCAAUACUGAAUAGAUCAAACUGAGAAGUUUUUCUCAUUCACCAACUCAUAUGGAGUUAUUGUCCUAGUAUGCCUUUUUAAACGCUUUUCUGCCAUCAGCCUGUUGCUAAUUGCUAAUAUACUCCUUACAUGUCUAGAAAAUAUUAAAACGCUAGUAGAAAAAUGAAAGACAUCAGACAAUUCAGACGGUAUUGGUUGUGUCAAAACUGAGCUUGUCUGAUAUAAACUCCUGGCAAGAGUAGUUUUAAGAAGAUGGUCCUGAUAUGUUUAUGUUGGUUAGGGAGCAUGUCAUGAUGGGUAGUGGUGUAGAGUAGCAGUUAGCUGGAACUUGACUGGCCAUUGUGAUAAAGGAUCAUAGUUGGUCUGGGUAUAUUCAUUGUGAACCAUUAGCUAUGAUUUCUGUAAAAAGAAAAAAAAGAAAAAGUCCAAGCUUCCAAAGACUGUGUUUUGUUUUGUGUAGUCAUAUCCUUACGAACAAAAGUGAACGAAUAAUUGUUAAUAUUCUUCACAGAAUACAAAAUGCAUAAGCUAAUGAAAAUUAUAUGGCCUGGGUACAAAAGAAAUGUAUCUACAACCAGAACCUGCCUUUCUACAAAGGCUGUAGUGAAUGAAUGAAGUGUAGUGAACAAGUUAUUGAUUAAUUCAGAGAUUCACAAUGUAGUUUACAUUUGGAGCGUGAGAACACUACAGCAUCAGAUCACUGGCAACAGUAUCACAAUUGCUUCCUAUAUUCAGAGAAUAUGAGUAUUAUGAAAUGUCUGUUUACAUAGUGAUUUUACCCGUUGCAUUUAUUAAUUAUUUGUCUCAAUUAUGUGGGUGCAUAUUUGUGAUUAUUUGAACAGUCAUGCAACCCAGUUAUACUGCAGAAAGAUUUACUCAGAUUUUUAUAUUAACUCACAAAGAGGUGCAGCAGCAGCAGCAUUGUGUCUAGGGACAAAAAUGUUUUGCUAUAAAAAUGACAUUUGCUUCCUGUUUGCAGCUAGAGCAAAAUACGUUGUUGAUGGACAUUCAUCAGUGUUGGAAAGAACAAUGUAAUGGAAAGUGAUUUUUAUAAAUCAUUGGUACAGUGGUGAUAUUUUGUGCUUGCAGAAAGUUUAAGUAAGAAAAGGUAUUUGUCACUGAAACAUGAUUUCACUUCUUAGUUAGUAUGUAACUUCCAGAAUAUAGUAAUUAUGGACUAUUUUAGUGUAUUAAUCACGCAAGGUAAACGAUUUGUAUUUAGAUGAUCCUAAAUGCACAUACAAUUCAUAGACAUGAUCUCUUCAUUCUUUUUUAAUAGGCUUUGUGCAUGUAUGGUAGGACCUUAAGUUCUGUUACACUCUUUAUAUAAUACUUUUUAAAUUGGCCUGGAAUAAAGUAUAUACUUUGUGUUAAA